CUGUUUGAUUACAGGCAUCGACGAUUGAUGGGCGACGGAAGGGCGCGUGCCUCUUCUGCCAGGAGUACUUUAUGGACCUGUACCUGUUAGCUGAGCUUAAGACCAUCAGCUUAAAGGUGACGACAGUAGACAUGCAGAAGCCUCCACCAGAUUUCCGCACCAACUUCGAAGCCACGCACCCGCCCAUACUCAUCGACAACGGUCUGGCGAUACUGGAGAACGAGAAAAUUGAACGGCACAUCAUGAAGUCGGUACCCGGAGGACACAACUUAUUUGUACAGGAUAAGGAAGUAGCCUCACUGAUCGAGAACCUGUAUUCCAAGCUGAAGUUGGUGCUGGUACGCAAAGACGAGCAGAAGUCGGCAGCCCUGCGCGCACAUCUCGGCCGCAUCGAUGGUCUUCUUGAACGCAGAGGGACUAGAUUCUUAACAGGGGACACAAUGUGCUGUUUCGACUGCGAGCUAAUGCCAAGACUGCAGCACAUCCGCGUCGCCGGCAAGUACUUCGUCGACUUCGAGAUACCGACGAGUUUCCGCGCCCUCUGGCGUUACAUGUACCACAUGUACCAGUUGGACGCGUUCACGCAGAGCUGCCCCGCCGACCAGGAUAUCAUCAACCAUUAUAAACUGCAGCAGUUAUCGGCGAAAGGUUUGGUGCUGACGCCGACCCCCACACUGCAACGGAAAGAGUUACCGACGGAUGUGGCGCUGAAAAUGAAGAAACACGAAGAACUCGAGACGCCGACGUUCACGACGUCAAUCCCUAUCGACGUGAGCGAGAACAGCAACGCCGAGUAA